AUGGAAAUGGACUGUGCUCCAGUGGACUGUGUUCUAGUGGACUGUGUUCUAGUGGACUGUGAUCUUGUGGACUGUGCUCCAGUGGACUGUGUUCCAGUGGACUGUGCUCCAGUGGACUGUGAUCCAGUGGACUGUGGUCCAGUGGACUGUGCUCCAGUGGACUGUGCUCCAGUGGACUGUGUUCCAGUGGACUGUGCUCCAGUGGACUGUGAUCCAGUGGACUGUGUUCCAGUGGACUGUAUUCCAGUGGACUGUGCUCCAGUGGACUGUGUUCCAGUGGACUGUGCUCCAGUGGACUGUGUUCCAGUGGACUAUGCUCCAGUGGACUGUGAUCCAGUGGACUGUGCUCCAGUGGACUGUAAUCCAGUGGACUGUGUUCUAGUGGACUGUGUUCUAGUGGACUGUGUUCUAGUGGACUGUGUUCUAGUGGACUGUGAUCUUGUGGACUGUGCUCCAGUGGACUGUGUUCUAGUGGACUGUGUUCCAGUGGACUGUGUUCCAGUGGACUGUGUUCUAGUGGACUGUGCUCCAGUGGACUGUGCUCCAGUGGACUGUGUUCUAGUGGACUGUGCUCCAGUGGACUGUGCUCCAGUGGACUGUGUUCUAGUGGACUGUGCUCCAGUGGACUGUGUUCUAGUGGACUGUGCUCCAGUGGACUGUGUUCUAGUGGACUGUGCUCCUGUGGACUGUGUUCUAGUGGACUGUGUUCUAGUGGACUGUGCUCCAGUGGACUGUGUUCCAGUGGACUGUGAUCUAGUGGACUGUGUUCCAGUGGACUGUGUUCUAGUGGACUGUGUUCUAGUGGACUGUGAUCCAGUGGACUGUGUUCUAGUGGACUGUGAUCCAGUGGACUGUGAUCCAAUGGACUGUGUUCCAGUGGACUGUGUUCCAGUGGACUGUGGUCCAGUUGACUGUGCUCCAGUGGACUGUGAUCCAGUGGACUGUGCUCCAGUGCUUUAG